UACGACAGCUGCAACUAUGGCCGGCCCUAGUAGGAAGCAGAUGUUGCGGUUCCUUUCCCAGUUAGGGGCGUUCAUUCUGACCCGGUUCGGGUUUUGGAACUGCUUUAGUAUGCUGAUGCUGUUUGCUGAAAGAGCGGACUCAAAAAGAAAGCCAGACAUCCAUGUACCGUACCUGUAUGUGGACAUGGGGGUGGCAGUUCUCUGCGCCAGCUUCAUGUCAUUUGGCGUGAAGAGGAGGUGGUUUGCUUUAGCUUCUGCCCUGCAGCUAACCGUUAGCACCUACGCAUCCUAUGUUGGAGAGCAGGUUUAUUAUGGCGAGUGGCUUAAGGUACGAAUGUACUCCAGAGCUCUGGCCAUCAUUGGAGGCUUUUUGAUUCUGGCCAGCGGCGCGGGGGAGAUAUACAGACAAAAAUCCCGCAGCAGAUCUCUGCAGUCCACUGGACAGAUUUUCCUUGGAAUCUAUCUAAUCUGCAUGGUGUACUCCCUGCAGCACAGCAAAGAGGACAGGCAAGCCUAUCUGAGCCAUAUUGUUGGAGGAGAGAUCACUCUGAUGCUGCUGGAGGUGCUGUUCGGUGUGCUCGCCUUGGCGUUCCUCUCGGGCUGGUACAUCCGCCUGGCCGCUCAGAUCCUCGCCACCGUCCUUCCUUUAGUGAUCCUGUUCAUCGACGGGAACAUUGGGUACUGGCACCACAAUAGCAAAGUGGAGUUCUGGAACCAGAUGAAGCUGAUUGGUCACAACGUGGGCAUUUUGGGCGCUUUGCUGAUCCUGGCUACUGAUGGUUAAAGCUUCAGGCCUUUAUGGACUUCUAGAGAUUUUGAUGUUUGCUCAAGGUGAGAUUAUUAUGGCCUUUUUUUGGUCCCAACCUGUACUUGAAGCUGCACUCGCAUGGUGACACCUCAGGACUCUCUGAGUGGAGCCAGUCGGACAUCCUGCUGGGAUUGUUUUUAUCCAUCUGAUAAUGUUGCUUUUCCAAGGAAACACACGUUUUGUUUUUGUUUGUUUACUAGCCAUUUCUUCGGAUUCAGGUUUACAUUUUUUAAGCGACACAACACUUGACAGUUUGCAGAAGAAGAAUGCAGGAAAUUUCACCCCAGUAAAAGUAUUCAGAACUUGGUUGGUAGCGCAUUUUUAAAACUUUCACAAAAAAAGGAAAAUGUUGUUGCACUGCUCUUUUUUAUUUGUUAAUAAACAUUUCAGAAGUGUGGGUUUAUACGUCUUAAAGAGACAUUUUUUUUUAUGUUCUUUGUGAAAUAUGAGUUACACAUUAUUUGUGGGGGUAAAAGUGUAUAGUUAUUUAAAAAUAAUGAAAUAUCCAUAAAAAUCCUUCAUUUGAUGGAAAUUUACUGAGAAAAGAGAAAGUUUACACCAGAGUCGCAUAUUGUUCAUAUUGUUGAAUUAAUUUUAUUUUGUUAUUAGACAUUUGAUUUGAUCAAACCGGUUGGACAAGAUAAAUCACCAAGCUGAUGCUUUAUAGGGUUAAAUAUAUUUUUUAAAGGCUUGAUUUUAUGAAAAGACUGUGGAAACAAGGGAAAUUUUUUAAAAAUAUUUUACUCAAGUACUGUCUUCUUUUGACUAAAGGUUGUAUAGAAUAUCGUUCUUAGGCUUAUUCUCCAGGUUAUUGGUGUGAUUAAACACGUUUUUUUGCAUUAUUGUAUCCAUAACAUUUAAUUUUUGAUUUUUUUUCCUAAAUGCCUUUGCUCUGGUAAAAGUAUAUAAUUGUUGGUUUUUUAUUGUUAAUGUGCUGCUGGAAAAAAAACUGCAUUGUUAAAUUUGAUCUGGGGCUUUAUUCAUGGAUUUCUUAAAUCAAAAAAGUAGAAUUUGAGGCAAAUGUGAAGAAAAUGUUUUCAAUUCUCUGUACUCAAACAAAAUGUCUUAUUUUACACAACAGCUCUAUAGUUUUUAUAUAAAUGCUAACAAUAAUAAUAGCAACUAAUAAUGUGGAAUAGGCUUCAUGAAAAUAUAUUAAAAAGGUAUUUUUAUUAUACUUAUGGGGACUGUUAAAUGUAAAUCUGCUGUCAUCUUUAUAAAAGUGAAAAUAAAUAUGAAAAUAAAUUACUAUCCUGUAAUCAAAAAGUCAAUUAUCAAUAAAGAGUGGUUUAGAUUAA